AUGCCCUCCUCCCCUUCUCCAAGUCCGUCCUUGCGGGCAGCGCCUACUACGAUGGAUAUACCGACCUCUACGACUAUGACUCCUCAAUCUUCCCAAUCUUCCCAAUAUUCAUUGACACGGCGCGCAAAACCCAACCAUGUCCAGACCAGCUUCAUACCCUCCAUCUCGACGUCUACACCAUCCGUGCCUGCGUCUGCGAUCAGCGCCUCGUCGGUCACCACCUCAAGUUCUCCCCAAGCCUCCCCAAUCAUGUCGCCCGAGACCGCCCAAAUUGCUACGAACAACUCUUCGAUUCAGGGCUCACCAGAUGUCCUCCGCGGCCGCGACUCCGACUUUCCUCCGCCCCCGUUCGAGCUUCCCGAGUCCAUUAUAUCGCGCAAAUCGAGCCAUAGUGCAAUGAGUGAGGCUAUGACUAUGAGCAAGUCCCCUGGGUUAAUACGAAGGAUAUCCAAUCGAGCCACUCAGUUUGCCGGCCGCCGGCGCCAAUCUUCAACCACAGCGAUGAGUCGUGAUCACAGCACUGGGCCCGUCAUUGUUCGACGGAGAAGUGAUAGUACCAACACAGCGCCCGAGGGCGGCCGUGGGGCUCUUAUAUCUGAUUCUGAACCAGAAUUCGUUGGGGACUGUCGUGAAGAGCUUCAUUACACCCCCUUGGGCAUGGAUGGACCUCGCGAUUUCCCGAGUACUACUGCUUCUAUAGGUUCAUCGACAGUUCCUACCUUGAGUUCUUCGCCUGGCCCUGUCAUACCAGCUAUACUGACCCAAGGAACGAUCAUGCAGAAAGUGACAAAGAAGAAAAAUAAGACCAUGGUUUUCGUUCUGGAUAGCGAGUCUGCAAAGGUAUCUUGGGGCAGAGAUCGACCCUCAAAGUCUUUCUAUAUCGACGAUAUCAAGGACAUAAGGGCAGGAGCAGAUGCUCGGAAUUACCGUCAAGAGUUUGGGGUCUCAGCAGCAGACGAGCCAAUAUUCUUCUCCAUUGUUUACGCUGUACCAGACAAAUCAAAAGGUCGUGCACAGAAAGUGAUGCAUUUGAUUGCCACGGACGAACAGACUUUCUACCUCUGGACAACGACACUUGAUGCGAUAUCCAAACACCGUCAAGAUCUUAUGGCUUCGCUAUCAUCGUUCCAUGACAAGGCUGUCCGGGCGUGCUGGCGAACUGAAAUGAGCAAGCAAUAUCAUGACAAGCCGCACUCUGAUGAUGAAGAAGAAAUUGAUAUUGUUGGAGUAGAACGGCUUUGUCGUUCCCUUCAUAUUCACGGCUCUUCCAAUUACAUUCGUUCCAAAUUUGACCUAGCAGACGUGUCACGAACUGGACGACUGAACUUUGCCGAGUUUCAGGAUUUCGUCAAAUUAAUGAAGAGGCGGGACGAUGUCGGAGCAAUCUACAGAGAGUUGGCAUCUGAUUCUGAGAAGGGCAUCACGGCCCAGGAAUUCUUGGGCUUCCUUAGAACAGUUCAACGCGAAGACGUCGAUGCCGACCGAGCUUACUGGGAAGGUACUUUUGCAAAAUUUGCUCGUCGUUCAAAGUCAAAGGAGCAGGGAUUGCAAGAUACGAUUGAAGGGACACCUCGAAUGAACGAAGCCGCCCUUACUAGCUUCCUGAUCUCGACCUUCAAUGUGCCCUUAGAAGCCUUUCCGACGCAAUUCAACCCAACUCUGAACCGCCCUUUGAACGAGUAUUACAUUUCCAGUUCCCACAACACCUAUCUGUUAGGUCGCCAGGUGGCUGGGCAGUCGAGUGUCGAAGCGUAUAUCUCAGCCUUGAAUCGUGGUUGUAGAUGUGUCGAGGUGGAUUGCUGGAAUGGCAAUGAUGGACAGCCUGUUGUCAUGCAUGGCCGAACACUCACGAGUCAAGUUUCUUUCCACGAUGUCAUGUCGACAAUUAGCAAAUAUGCCUUUGUCAAAUCACCCUACCCCUUGUGGAUUUCGCUCGAGGUCCAUUGCAACCCAGCGCAACAAGCAUUGAUGGCCGAAAUCAUCAGAACCACUUGUGGUCCAAAACUUGUCACAGAGCCGCUAGAUGCAUCAUACGAGCAGCUUCCUUCUCCGUCGCAGUUACUCAAUCGAAUCCUCAUCAAAGUCAAGAAACCUCGACUGUUUCACGAUUCUAAUUUGCCGGAGCUACCGACAGGACGAAGUCGGGGCAGUAGCGUGAAUUCCCCAUACAUUCGCCCAGCACAGCUUGACAACUCGACUAUCUCGGCCGGUCUCCUGCCCCCAAGUCCAUAUCAAAGAGCACCGGGACUAGUCCGUGCCCAAUUCAAGAACUCGGGGAGCGAGGGCCCAGAUAGCUUGAGCAGCAGCACCAGUGACAGCGAGAGUUUUACAGAAGACAUGGCUAAAGCGAAAGAGAGCAAUCGGCGGAACAAGACCAGUAACAUCAUCAAAGUUCUUGGCGAACUGGGUGUCUAUAGCGCUGGCCUCAAGUUCCACGGCUUCGAUACUGCAGAGAGUAAGGCUUGCAAUCAUAUUUUUUCUUUCAUGGAAAGUACCUUCGACAAGAACAGCAGGACGCCAGAAGACAGACGGGCCAUCACAAGACAUAACAUGCGAUACAUGAUGAGAGUUUACCCCAAUGGAUGGCGAGUCGCAUCGACAAACUUCGAUCCUCUUAAAUACUGGCGACGUGGAGUUCAGAUGGUUGCUCUCAACUGGCAGACAUAUGAUUUAGGAAUGCAAAUGAACGACGCAAUGUUUGCAGGCGGUACCGAUCAAUCCGGAUACAUCCUUAAGCCGAGGGAAUUGCGAGAGAUCAAGAUGAUUCCCAGUGUACUUAACGAAGCAGGUGCUGGUUACAUCAAGCGGGAACGCAAGAACGUCAACUUCUCUAUCGAUGUCAUUUCAGCACAGCAGCUUAUGAGACCGAAGGGGCUCGCCCAAACACGCAGCGUUGACCCUUAUGUCGAAGUUGAAGUUUUCCAUGCCGACGACAAGGAUAAAGAUAACAAGGGCGUUGUUGGUGAAGGUGGCUCCGAAGCACCUUCCAAAGAUGGCUCAUCUGGACUUGGUACCCCACACAAGCGUCGCACUGGUAUCCUCCAAGAGAAUGGCUUCAACCCUAUCUUCAACAACAAGUUCACCUUUGAUCUUACGACCAAGUUUCCAGAAUUGGUUUUUGUCCGUUGGACAGUACGCUGCUCACCGGACGGUCACAACUUCAGCGACAAAGGCCUUCCACUUGCAACGUACACUGCUAAACUCAGCAGUCUCAAACAAGGCUAUCGCACGCUUCCUCUCUACGAUGGUAACGGGGACCAGUUCUUGUUCUCCACACUGUUCUGUCGCAUCAAGAUCGACCCAGCUACCAGCAUAUACGUCAAUGGGCCAGAAGCUCCUGAAAGAGAAGGGGUCUUUAAAACCAUUCGUCAAACCGUCUUCAACCGAACUCCAAUGUCACCCAAACCCUCACUUGAUACUGCUCAUCACUAA